GGCUCACAGGGCAGCUGAGAAACUAGCCUUGAGAGGCCAGCCAGUCACAAUACAAUGGGUCCCAGGCCACUCAGGGAUUGAAGGGAACGAGCAGGCUGAUCAAGCUGCUAAACGUGCAGCUAGUAAACAAACCGCGCCUGGUUUUGAGCACCUAUCUUUAGCGCACGUUAGAAGGGCUUGCACGGAAGCAAGGAGAGCUGCAGUAUCUGAAUGGGCUCAAAUCAAUGCUGUACAAGGCAGGCAUAGAGAUGGACGUGUCUACAAGAUGCCUCAAGGUUGGAACCUUGACCCAGUGGCAGGAAAAGCUCCGAAAAGAUUGGCUAGUCGAUACUACCAGUUAAAGACAGGACAUGCUGAUUCUUUGAAA